AUGACAAGCAUACUUGACAUCCCACGCUACGAACAGGUCCCCGAGACCAAGGAGGACCUUGACUGGGCCGAGCUCGUCACCAUCGAACUGGACCGUUUUGACCAGCAAGGAGGAAAGGAAGAACUGGUCAAGCGGCUGGAACAUGCCGUCAAGAAUGUCGGCUUCUUCUAUGUCAAGAACUUCAACAUCAGCCAAGAAGAGAUCGACCGGCAAUUUGCCCUUGGCCGUGAAUUCUACGCGCUCCCACUCGCGGAGAAACUCAAGUAUUACAACACGCACGAUCUCGAGCGAGGCGAAUACAACGGGUACCGUCCAGCCGGACAUCGCAUCCUCGGAAACGGCAUCAAAGACAACGUGCAAGUGUACAACAUCCCGAAAUUCGACGGCCACCACGACCGCAGCCAACCCCCCAUCCUCGCAACACACAUAUCCGAAAUCGAGUCCUUCAGCCGCAAAUGCCACACCGAAGUCGUCGAGAAGCUCCUCCGCCUCUUCGCAAUCCUCCUCGAACUCCCCGACGAAGACCAGCUCGUCCGCGACCACCAGUACGAUGUCGAGGGCGAAGACCAUCUCCGGUACAUGCACUACGCCGCGCGCAGCGCCGAGGACAAUAAACUUGUCGGCGACCUGUAUAGUCCCGGGCAUACGGAUCUGGGGACCGUGACACUGCUGUUUCGGCAGCCUGUGGCCGCGCUGCAGAUUCUGAAUUCCGAGGGGGUGUGGAAGUGGGUGAGGCCGCAGGAUGGGACCAUCACGAUCAAUACGUGUGAUGCGAUGACUGCGCUGACGGGGGGGUUGAUCAAGUCGAGUGUGCAUCGGGUGCAUGCGCCCCCGGCGGAUCAGGCGGGGAUUGAUCGGUUGGGAGUGUUGUAUUUUGCGAGGCCGAAUAACCAUGUUGUGCUUGAUCCGAUUGCGAAUAGUCCGCUGUUGCAGAGGCUCGGGUUGACGCACAAUGCGUUCACGGAGGUGGGCAAGCAUCUGACGACCAAGGAGUGGGUCAAGGUCAGGCAGACGCAGCAGCAGCGGAGGAGGCAGGAGGCCAAGAUUGACGAUGCUGGGAAGUAUACGUAUAAGCCCAAGGACUUGGAGAUUAUUCCGGGGUUGUUGGCCAAGGUGUACAAUUGA